CAAGUCGUGACUACAUCAGUCCACCUACGACUUUAUCUGUACUGACUGGAACUCGAUGUUGUUCAAUAGUCUAUUAGGAACCUUCUAUUCACUCCAUGGGGGAAGUGCUAACAUCCGGGUAGACAAUCCGACCAUUGCCCCUAAUGUGGUAUACAUGUACCGUGUGUAUUCUAGCCCUGUCUAGCUAAUUAGGAAUUAAAAUGCAGCAAGGGAAGUGGCAGCAUUGUGAACUGUGUGGCCGGUACCGCCUUGCAGGCUGCGGUGUCGUUUGAAUUCGUGAUAUGCAUCGGAUGAAUCCGACCGCGAGUCUUGCGAGGCUGCCAGCGCAUCUCCUCAAUACUGGCAGCGGAUCUGGACCAUGAAUCUGACGAUGUAAUGACCCGCAAGUGAAACCCAGAAGUAGUAUAGCUCCUGUUCCAGACACCCAGACAAAUCUCGAAGCCGGCAUGAUUACAGCUCCUAGAAUGACAAUAGAUCUAGACUUCUCGUCCCUCCCCCUCGGCCUCCUCCUCCUCCCCCCGCUCCCCUACCUCCCCCGCCUCCUCUCCCUCCGCUCCCCACCCCCCUUCCUCUCUCCCCUCCUCCUCUGCCCGGGCCUCUACCAACCCCACUCCACCGCCGCCUCCCUCCACGCCGGCGAAUACCCCGCCACCGCCGCCAUGACGACCGGCUACGUGUUCCGCAUCGAGAACCCCGCCACCGUCGCGUUCCUGCAGCGCGUGGGGCGCACGGGGUGGUUGACGACGGUGGAGGUGGAUGGGAGGAGGGCGGGGGAGAAAGGAGGAGCGGUGGUGGGGAAUGCGGCGUAUUGCGCGGCGAUCGGGGUCACCGGGGGGGCGUUUGCGGGGUUUGUGCAGCUGGGGGACGGGUGGGGGGUGGUGGUGCUGGGGAUGUUGGUUGUUGCGCGGACGGUGGAUAUGUUGGUGCUGCGAGCGCGGAGUCGGCGGGGCUGGCACGGGGCGGCGGAACCGGGGAAGCGGAGUGAUUUGCUGGUGCUGUUGAGUCAGGAUCGGUUUGUGCGGAUCAGGGGGUGGGUGGAUGAUGUGAAGGCGGUGACGUCGGGGACAUGGCUUCGGGCGAUGAGUUUCGUGGAGGAAGCGCUCAUGGCCGUGGUGCUCUUGUUGGUGUAUGGGGCGAUCGUGCUGUCAGGGAUGAUCAGUCCUGUGGGUAAAGGAAUCUUCGUCGGGAUGCUCGUGUUGGAGACGUUCUUGGUUCAAGCGGGGAAUGCGAUGACAGGGGAUUUGGUGAUCAAGGGGAAGGUGAUGCGUGUGGUGGGAAGGGAGUACUAUGAGCGAAGGGGGGACAUGGCGAAGGAGUUGAUCAAGGAAACUGGACGGAGGGAUUGGGCGGAGAGGCUUGCGAUGGUGCCUUUGGAAAGCGAGGACGUCGCGAGGGAUAUACCGCCGAUCAUGUAGCGGCAAGUUUACGAUGAUGAGAAUGUGG